AUGGAGAAGAUCCUCAACGUGAUAAAUGAUCAUAACGUAGUGUUUGAUAAUAUGAUAUUGAACAGAGAAGGUGAGGAAGAUUUUGCCCUCAAAAAAACGUAUGUAUCGUUAAAAGACAACAUACAGGAGGUGAUGUCGGCGGUGGUGGAGCUAAGGAAAGCACACACUGACCACACAGAAAAAAGGAGGAACAGAGAUACUUACCACACGGAGACGAAGAUAACGACGAAGUCCAAUGAGAUGAAGGUGGUGCAGAAACCUGAAAAAGAAAUAAAGUCAACGGAGACACCUAGGGAUAGGAUACCAGUGAAUAGGGGACAAGUAACAGGUCAGGAUGGGGGUGAGGUCUCUGGUGACGGUGACUGGACGGAGAUUAGAAGGAGAAGAAGAAGAACGGAUCCGGAGGACACUGACAGAGCAGAAACUGAAACACCCAAUAGAAAUAUUAGGGGAGGAAUGUUAAACGGUAGAGUGGCUGGAAUAAAGAAUACGCCUAGGAGAGCUAUGAAGCCGCAGGCGAUAGCGGUCCGUUUUGGAAAAGAUAUUUCCUUCGCCGAGGUCCUUAAAAAAGUAAAGGGCGUGGCAGGCAAGACUCCAGAUGGAGUUAGAAAUGUCAAACAGACCAGGGCAGGGAAUCUGUUGAUAGAGUUUGCACCAGGGUCGGACCUAGAUGAGCUCAGAAGAAAUUUGGAUGGUAAGCUUGGCGCUAACGUUGAGGUGACUAAGCUACAGACCAUGCUUGAUGUUGAGAUGAGAGGUAUUGACCCCUCCGCAGAAAAGGAGGAUGUAAUGGAAGCCGUCAGGUCAGAGCUGGGGCAUGACGCCAAAGGUGUGAGGGUCAAAAUAUUACGUACCGACCCAAGAAUGAGCAAGAUAGCGGUCAUUGAAGGACCAGCGGUAGACAUGCAACGGAUCCUAAGAGUGGGCAGGAUAAGGAUCGGCUGGACGAUCGUUACGGCGAGGGAGAUACCAAGACUGCUCCGUUGUUUUAAAUGUCAUGGCAUUGGCCACAUAGCGAGUGGUUGCAAACUCGUUGUUGAGGAAGGCGGGUUAUGCAGAAAGUGCGGGGAACCUGGUCAUCACAUGAAAGAGUGUGCGAGCGAGCCUAAAUGUAGAUUAUGCGUUGCGGAUGGCUUACCCGAGAACCAGAUAGGACACGUUGCGGCCUCGGUAAGGUGUCCUAGAUACAAGGAGGCUUUAAAGAACAAAAGGCGCGCAUGA